AUGGAGAGAUUCCUCCAUCGACGACGGGAUGGGCGGAUCCUGGACGUGGACGAAUUUCAGGUGGCCAAGGCUCUGCUGGCCGGAGAAACGGAGCUCCUGAGCGGGGAAGUCGAUUCCGGGGAACACCUCUUCGACUUGUGCUGUCAAUUCGGCCACGAAAGCACGGCUGCAGCCAUGAUUUCAUACCGAGUGCCAGGGAGCGUGUUCAAGGGUUCCCACAGCUUGCGGCCUCCUCCUGCUGUUGAACCUCCUUAUCCACCAGAACCCGUUCGAAUGAAUGUUGUGUGCCAGUGUGUGGGUUGGAAGACUUGCAGAGGCUGCAGCUGGGGUGUUUCAGAUCAAAAGAGGGGUCUUUGGAUGGAGGAUUGGGAUGCAAGUCUCCAAGAUGCCAAAAGCGCCUCAGAAAGCUCCGCUGCAGGGCCCUUGGUUCGCGCCUUGCUGGAGGCCUUUCGCUCCCAGGCGUCUGUUGAAGGAAUCGCCAGGGCUGAAGCCAUGGCUUACCUUCUCGACGUUGCCAUCCUCCUUGGCGAUGCCGAACUGGCGAGAUGCUGCGCCAAGCACUGCACCCGUUUGCCGCUAAGGCGCUGGAGGAGCGACGAGCUUGUGAGGAUUUUUCAUGACCGCCCGUUUCUUCGAGCAGAGAUUCGGGAGAAGGACGUCUUGAUUGCCGCUCUGGCCGCCGGCCUGGAGCUCGAGCAUCUGGAAAUUCAUGCUUUCUGGUACGGUUCCGUUUCUCUUGCGGAAGCCCUCGUGCUUUCCGCAGACGCGGAGCUCUGGCACCGAGUCGAAGGCCUUCAGCUGCAGCUCGGGCCCUGGCCAACUCAUGAAGAAGAUAAUAUCGACAUGGCCGGUUUUCUCCUCGAGCGCUCCGGCGGCCAAGUCGGGCUGAGCUCGGAGCGCUUGCAUCGGGCCAAGAGGGCCGGCCUCCCCCUGAGCUCGUUUGAGGCGGGGGUUCCCUUCCGCUGCCAUGGAUGUGGUGGCCAUGAUCGGCAUGUUCGGCUCUCCUUGCUGGACUUGGCGAUCCUCUUUGGGCAGAACGACUGCAGUCGACUCUGUGGGCCGAUGGACAUCGUGGCGACAAAGUUUACGCUGAGAGCGAGCCUUGAAGCGAUGCCUCUGGAGUGGGAGGACGAGGAGCCGUGCUACCACUGUGGCUCUACCUCGUUAAUUCGAGAUGAAGAUUCCUGGGCCGCCCAGAGCAUCGCAUCGCUCCCGGAGCGCCGGGCGGCAGCAGCCGAGGCCCUUCGCACGGCCUUGCAGGCAUCCCGCCGAAAAACCGCAAGCUCCGCAGGCUUCGGGCUCUUCCAGGCCAUGCAGUGCUGGGCUCGCGGGAAGCGGGUGCCAGCGGCUUUGGUGAAUUUGGUCUUGACAUUCGCGGCGGAGCGGCCAUCACUGCUGCAGGCCCUCGAGGGACGCGAGGGGGAGCUUCCGCCGUUGAGCCACUGGUGGGAGGAGUCGGGGCAAGAUGGUGCGAGCCAGAGUCAACAAGCGGCUGAUCCCUGUGUGCAGGCAGGGCCGUCUUCAUCUGCGAACGGUGGCGACACGUCGGUCGCUGCAGCUUCCUCCGCGACAAUUAAUACUGACACUCCAAACCCAGAUGUGAAGCCUUCCGCCGACGAUGACCUCAUGAUCGCCCUUCGCAACAGCAAGAGCGACAUGCCCCCUCUGAGCCCAGAAGGUGCUGUGGUCUUUCGGCUCUCCCGGCAGAACAAUGCCCCGCGCGUCAAUGACGUGCUCCUCGAUGCGACGGGCCCAUUGGCUGAACUCCACAUGCGAGUGUUGGAGGCUGGUUGCGAGGUCGCGCCGAAAUGGUCGCCGGUGAAGGCCUUGUUUAUUCCCGUGACGGAGCCGCAGAUGCAGGAGUUGCUUCACUCAGAGAGUGGUCGCUACGAGCUGGGAAGGACGCACAUCUUGGCCCUCCUCUCGGACUUCGACCUCAUCGACCGAGCGCUGCGCCAGCUCCCGAAGAUCACGCGGCCGAAGCUCCGGAGGGACCUUCCGAAGGAGCAUGGGGAAGGCGAUGCUGAAGCUGCUGAAGAAGUUGAAGAAGAUGCGCCCAUGAUCGUCCUGGAAGGUGAGCAGAUGUAUCCUUCAGCACAAGUCUGUGGAUCCCUUCGCGAGGGUCGUGCUUGCCUUGGCGUGGGACCGAUGUUCCUUUUCUGGGUGAAUGUCGAUGCUCCACCACCGAACGGCCCGGUGAAUCUUUGCCCAUACUCCGAAAAUGGCAGGGCUGACAUUUGCAGAGCAUGGGGCUACUGCUUCCUAAUCGCCGGGGAGCGAGCAGGAGUCUACAAACAGGCUUGGCCUGCCUGGGCCCUCAUGGCUAUGGGCCCUCUCCUCCGUAAACGCCGUGACGCGAAGCGCCGGGAGGACUCCUCAGGAGAGCCAGAGCACGCGGAGCAUGCCUACGACGCGGAGAGCGGUGCUGGAAUGAGGCGUCGACUGAUCCUUCACGAGGCACAGCACACGGCCCCAUCCGCUGAUGAGGAGACACCUUUGACUACCCCACGCAAGGAUGAGGAAGAAUUGGAAGCCGAUGCUGCAGGUGGUGACGCGGCUGCCGAGGAUGAGGAAGGAGGUGGCGGUGGGGAGUUGUCCAAGAACUUCCGAGAGCUCAUGCAGUACUCCGCUGAAGACAGGAAGGCCGAGAAUUUCGUGCCGCUCGCGGGGAAUAUGUACCGCUACUUUGGACUGGGCAUUGUGGAGGACUACAUGACCGUUCAGUCCUUUGGCAUGAUGACGAUCUUCUUUGUGCAGUUGCUAUCCCCACCGGCCUGCCUUGUCCAGAACUUGUACAAGAUGGAUUGGGAACACUGGCAUUUCGGCGUCAGUGAUUGGAUAUACAUGCCUGGGAGCAACAACCACGGCAUCUCCAACUUAUCCAAGCAUGUGGUGGCCACGCUCUUCCUGAUCAUGUUCUGCCUGAACGGGGCCAUGGUCAUCGAGCAGGAUCGUGUCGUGUCGAUGAAGAUCAGCUCAAUGUUGGACCAGAUCGGCAAGGACAUGCCUGACUACUUGAAGGAGGUGAAGUUCGAAUGGCUCUAUGCUGGUCGCAUCAUGAACUGCCUUGUGGUCAUCGAAUGCUCGGUCAUUGUCUACUUUGCCUUCGUCUUGUCGGAGACACCCAUGGACGUGCUCUUCAACUCCAUGGCCGUGACCUUCCUCUACAACCUGGAUGACAUCGGAGGGGAGAUGGGCUUCCUGGGCGAUGAUGAUUGGGAUGGCGAGGAGUUGGGGAAGCUCUACUUCAACUCCGUUAGUCAGCUCAUGGAUGACAAGGGCAUCACCGAGGCGGGCUUCGAUCCUGACACCAUUGCGGAGUGCAAGUACAUGCGGAACUACUACAGCCAUUGGGCAUACAAGGUGGCGGAGCCUUUGAUGUACGCCCUGACCGUCGUACUUCCAUUGAUGUACGUCUUCAUCGAUGACUUGCACUGCAAGCCCGGCGACCUGAAGGUGGAAGUCUAUGAGCUCAAGAAGCAGGCCGCUCCCCUCUUACUCGUGAUCGGAUGCCACCGCGUGCAAGAGCGACGGGUGCGGACCCCAGAUAGAGGUCAGAACCACCCCGUUUUCGAGGCCGGCCCAGUCUGGGAGGCUACAGGAGAGUGGACAAUCGUCGAACUGGAGCCUCCUCCUCGGACCUUGUACAGCUACAAAAGGACGGGAAAGUUUCAAUCUUCUUCCUUGGAGCAUUUUGGAACCGUCCCUGGUCCCGAAAUUCUCACUACCGAAGCCUUCCUUGUAAUCGUCCUGGUGUCGGUGUCUGGCAUUGCGUGUUGGGCAGCCUUUGCCAGGGAUUCCCAGGUAGGAUUUCUACUGGGAAACGUCUACUACUCACUUGAUGGGCCCAUGGAAGGUUACGAUAGCAGCUACGAGCGAGAGCUGCGGACGUGCAGGUCACCGUGCCCGAAGGACCAAGGCGAGACAGCGACCACCUUCAGCGAGGAGGUGAAGCAGGGUGAAGGCUUCAAUCUUCAGCGCGAGAUCUUCCCCCGAGUGGGUUGGGUGGUCUCCCGGGUCAAUGAGGCCUUGCGCUCGGCCUGCGCCAGGGGGCAGAAGUGCGCUGAAUGGGCGCUUGUGCUGCCGCCCUGGUGCAGGUGGGAGAGGUUCUUCGACGCUGCGGCCCUGCGAUCUGCGAACGUAACCAUCAUGGACCGUUUCACCAACGACCCGAACUCCUGCUUCAGCGGCCAGCGCGGAAGCCUGCCGCCGCCGCAGCAGGAGUGGCUCGCUGAGGACAGGGGUCUGGGCUUCGGAGAUUCGGAUCCGGAAAGGUGCGAUGUUAUCUACAGUGGAACUGCCCACCCAGUGGACCUGAGAUGGGAGGUGACCUACUCAGGAAGCUGCGACGGCGGUGUCGUCAGUGACUUUGUCGACCUUGUGCUGGUUGCGAUGCGAGAGGGCGCCAGAUCUGUGACUUGGCGCAUCUCGAGAUGGAACCGCUUUCCUGCCCAGGGCUAUCUUGGUGGCUGCUUCGAUCAGACUCCGCGCAACACAGAAUCAGAAGCCGAGGUUCUCCUGAAGGCAGCGGACUCCGUGUCCCCACCCGCCAAGGACGAGAUGGAUGCCCUGGGCCUCAGACAGGCGAUGCUCUUCGCCCCCAGCAUCCGCGAUGCGGGCGAGAGGUACAUGACCGAAAUCCUCCAGGCGCGGCCCUUCUUGGCUGUGCAUUGUGUCACUGCCAAGGUCUACGUCGCCACCGAUGCCCCCGACGAGCUCCGGGAGCAGCUGCGCUCCGGCAUCCGACGAGGACGGGAAGCCUAA